UAAUACCAUGACAGAGGAAACGACGUCGCCCACAACAAUGGACUACGGGAUAGAAUCUGCCUCCGGUGCGCACUUCUCCGGUUUGUAUCCCGACGGACUUCUCGACCCCUCCACGUCAUCGCCGUCCUCCUUGCCUUCCUUGUCGUCUGCACCUCCUAAACAGCCCUUCGUCAUCGGGGUCUCUGGAGGUACGGCAUCGGGCAAGACGACGGUGUGUGACAUGAUCAUUCAGCAGCUCCAUGAUCAUAGGGUUGUGCUUGUCAAUCAGGAUUCAUUCUAUCGUGGUUUAACAGAUGAGGAAUUGAAACAUGUGCACGAGUAUAAUUUUGAUCACCCCGAUGCAUUCGACACAGAACAACUUUUAGAGUGCAUUGGCAAGCUCAAAUCUGGUCAGUCUGUUCAUGUUCCAAUAUACGAUUUUAAGAAACAUCAGCGGUGCUCUGAAAGUUUUCGACAGGUCAAUGCAUCCGAUGUAAUCAUAUUGGAGGGGAUUUUGGUUUUUCAUGAUCAACGUGUUCGCAACUUGAUGAAUAUGAAGAUUUUCGUUGAUGCAGAUGCUGAUGUGAGGCUUGCUCGAAGAUUAAGGCGUGACACAGUUGAGAGGAAUAGAGAUAUACACUCUGUUCUUGAGCAGUAUUCAAAGUUUGUCAAGCCUGCUUUUGAUGAUUUUAUUCUUCCAUCAAAGAAGUAUGCCGAUGUCAUUAUACCCCGAGGUGGUGAGAAUCACGUUGCAAUUGAUUUAAUUGUACAACAUAUCCGCACGAAGCUUGGUCAGCAUAACCUUUGCAAGAUAUAUCCCAAUUUGAAUGUUAUUCAUUCUACAUUUCAGAUACGAGGCAUGCACACUCUAAUUCGUGACAAAGAAAUAUCUAAACAUGAUUUUGUUUUUUACUCGGAUCGUUUAAUUCGUCUGGUAGUGGAACAUGGUCUUGGCUACCUGCCUUUUACAGAGAAGCAAGUAAUCACUCCUACAGGAUCAAUGUAUACUGGAGUUAAUUUUUGCAAGAAAUUAUGUGGUGUAUCCAUUAUUAGAAGUGGAGAAAGCAUGGAGAACGCAUUACGUGCAUGCUGUAAGGGAAUUAAAAUAGGAAAAAUCCUCAUCCACCGUUCUGGUGACAAUGGGAAACAGCUCAUAUAUGAGAAGCUUCCAAAAGAUAUCCCAGAACGCCAUGUCCUUCUUUUGGAUCCAGUUCUUGCUACAGGUAAAUCUGCUAUGAAAGCAAUUGAACUCCUUAUACAAAAGGGAGUCCCGGAGUCUCGAAUCAUAUUCCUAAACCUCAUAUCUGCACCUGAGGGGAUACACUGUGUAUGCAAAAGAUUUCCAUUUGUAAAAAUUGUCACUUCAGAGAUUGAUGCUGCAGUAGACGAAGAAUUUCGUGUGGUACCAGGGCUGGGAGACUUUGGUGAUCGCUAUUUUGGUACUGAUGACUAUAGGCUCACCAUUGAAGAUGGAGAGCCUCUCAGGAAUUGAUUUGCCUUUUGUGUUAUCAAAUACGCACACCCACUAAAAUCAAAGUGGUAUAAUAUGAUCAUAUAUAACAAAAAUGGAAGCCUCAACCUGAGAGUCAUGUUAUAGUUAUAAAUUGUUCUUGGAUAAUAUUAAACCCAUCUUUUGAUUCUUCAAUUAGUUGUUAUAAUAUAUUUAUGAGAUGCAUCAAUGAA